GGAAAGGCCUGUCAAUCACGCCCGUUGCCCCGGCAACUGAAGUCCGAGAAGCCGCAGCUUGGCUUCAGUUGAGUCGCUCUAGAUGCAGCGAACGAGCUGAGGAGAGCUGAAGCCCAAACUCACUCAGGAGGAGUUCUGACCGAAGAUGAACCUAUCAACAGUUGAUAAUUUACACACGUUUCCAUGUUAGGUCAACAUUCAGAGAAGUGAGGUAGAGUGAUAGUGUUCGGUUCACUGUCGAAAGUCACCUGUUGGACUGGGCUUGCAGGUAAAAACAGGUAUAAGUACACAAACAAAACAAACUGACGUUUACAGCAGCCGUUAUGAUUCCUGAAUGUCCACGAACGACCGAGUCCAGAAGCCGUGUUCGGUGUGAAUCCGGUCAGAACCGCUCCGGGCUGCUGCGCGAGAUCCGAACCGCCAUCAGGAGCGAGCCGUUCACCGACCGCUAUGACGUCAUCCCCGGCAGAGAGCUGGGCAGAGGCAAGUUUGCUGUGGUGAGGAAGUGUGUGGAGAAAAGCACGGGUAAAGAGUUUGCAGCAAAGUACAUGAGGAAGAGGAGGAAGGGUCAAGACUGCAGGACCGAGAUCAUUCAUGAGAUCGCCGUACUGGAGCUGGCAGCGGCCUGUCCACGCGUUGUCAAUCUCCACGAAGUCUACGAGAUGGCCAGUGAGAUGGUACUCGUUCUGGAAUAUGCCGCAGGAGGGGAGAUCUUUAACCAGUGUGUGGCCGAGAGAGACGAGGCCUUUAAAGAGGAAGAUGUGAAGAGACUGAUGAGGCAGAUUCUAGAAGGAGUGGCCUUUCUUCACAGGAGCAACGUGGUGCAUCUGGACCUCAAACCUCAGAAUAUCCUCCUCACCAGUGAAUCUCCUCUCGGGGACAUAAAGGUUGUGGAUUUCGGCCUGUCGAGGUUGGUAAGCAGCAGCCAUGAGAUCAGGGAAAUUAUGGGAACACCGGAGUAUGUAGCACCAGAAGUCCUGAAUUAUGAGCCAAUAAGCACAGCAACUGACAUGUGGAGCAUCGGUGUCCUCGCUUACGUGAUGCUGACGGGAAUCUCGCCGUUCCUGGGCGACGAUAAGCAGGAGACCUUCCUCAACAUCUCUCAGAUCAAUGUCAGCUACACGGAGGAAGAGCUGGAGCAGCUGGACGGAGCUGCCGUCCACUUCAUCAAGUCCCUGCUCAUCAAAGAGCCAGAGAGCCGCGCCACCGCUGAAGACUGCCUGAAGCACCAGUGGCUGCAGCGGGGUCAGGAGAGCGUCUCUGAGCCCGUCAGCCCCGCCGCCUCCAGCCAUGAUGAAGAGGUGGAGGAGAGCGCUCAGCUGACGGAGGAGCUCAUCGUCAUGGCCGCCUACACCCUCGGCCAGUGCCGCCAGUCCUCGGAUCAAGAGAGCCUGACCCCGGACCAGAAGGCCAUCUCCAAACGCUUCAAGUUCGAGGAGCCCUUCUCCACCCUUCCUGGAGGAUUCAUCUACUGAAGCUGCACUUCAUCACCUCAUCAUCUGAAGCCAAACCAUCUGUUCUGUGUUUGUGCUGCUUUAUAUUUACAUGGUUGUGUUUCUGAAGCCUUGCUGUGACUCUCUCUCGCUCUUCUCUUUCUUCCAGUUUUCUUUUGUGCCAUGCUCAGAUAUUUGAUGAUAAGGGUUCUUGUGAUGUUUGCCAUGUUUGUACAAAAUUAAUGUUGUUUGUUUUUCUGCAAUCCAGAGGCGAGCAGAAUUAAAUGUAAAUUAAUCAUUUUAUUUUAAGAGUAUUUCAGUGUCGUGUUUAAAAAGCCAUUUUGUAUGUUCCGUUCAGGUGAAGACUUCCACAGCAAUAACUCCAUUCACACGCUUACAUCUGAGUUUAUUUUAACUCAUGUUAGAGUUACAACUGUAAAUUGUCACUAUAAAGAAUAUUUUAAUGGCAACAAAUUUCAAAGUGACUGUCUUAAUGCUGUAAAUAAAAAAUUGUCUUGAUGGCCA